AUGCUAGCAGAAAAGGGCCCCAGCUGGCUUUCUCAAGGCGGCAGGAGGCCAAUGGGAAUCCUGUUGGCCGUCGCCGCCUUCAUCUUCCUCAUGCUCACAUACGCCAGCUUUCCGUCUCAACGAAGACCUCCGCCCUCUAAUUUGAUGACACCAUCCGCCCCGUCCAGACAACAGCCGGCCGUGCCGGGACCACAAGCGUCAACACCCCACUUUGUCAGUGUUGAUGAUGCCGCCUCGAACGGCACCGUCGGAGUCGACUCCAUCAUCUUCCUCAACCUCCCGCAUCGCCACGAUCGAUUCGAUGCCAUGGCGAUCCAAGCCCACCUGUCGAAAUUGAAAAUCAGCCGCUUCCCCGCCGUCGACCCGUCGACACUCACAAGCCAGGGCAUGCCGCCGAUGGAGAACGACCAGGCCAACCUCAAGGAGGGCGAGAAGGGCUGCUUCCGAGCGCACGCCAACGUCUGGCAGCACAUGCUGGAAAAGGGCAUUGACUCGGCGCUGGUGCUCGAGUCCGACGCCGGCUGGGACAUCAACUUCCGGCCCAUCAUGGGGAGGCUGAACGGCGGCUUCCGCAAGCUGCUGCAGGAGGAACACCCGGACAACCGCGACGUGUUUGAAGAGAACCCCGACGACCCCUGGCUGGCGCGCUCGGGCACCUGGGACAUACUGUCGAUCGGCCACUGCGUCGACGCGCGCGGCGGCGGCCGCUACGUCAUCUACGACGACCCGCACGCGCCGAGCACCAACUACCAGGUGGAGGUGGACGAGGGGCAGGCGGUGCUUAACCGCAAGCGCAUCGUGUACCGCGCGCAGACGCUGUUCUGCACGACGGGCUACCUGGUCUCGCUCUCGGGGGCGGCGCGGAUGCUGGUGCGCAUGAACUGGAAGUUCGACGCGCCGGUGGACGUCAUCAUGAACGAGAUGAUCGGCAACGGCGAGCUGCGGGCCUACAGCAUGCACCAGCGGCUCGUGGUGCAGUGGACCUACAUCCCCGGCAUCGGCAAGGGGAGGAGCAACAGCGACAUCCAGAGCGAUGGCAAGCCGGAGCCCAGCACCCCGGAGGGUUGGGAUCGGGCCAAGAAAGACCGGUCCGUCUACGAUUACCACGGUGGGUAUGCCGAUGCCGCUAUAGUUGAGAGUGCUCUCCAGAGGGCCUGGCAUGAGGUUAUUGGCGACAUGUAG